UGCUCUAUCCAGAGAGAGGAAAGGAGUGGGGAAUCUCGGGUGCUGGGAGCUCCGGGGUUCCGCGUGGCUGCUUGGGAGCGUGGCUGGGGGGCGGGGAGGGAGAGGAGAAGGAGAAAGACUAGGGGUAGGGGGAGCUGUUCUCGGGCAGUCUGUCCCCCUGUGCCCUCCCUGGAACUGCGUUCUUGUUCUCCAUUGGCAAGUCCAGCCGCUUCCGAGCUCCCCAGGGCUGGGGUAACCACCAGCCCUCUCCAACCUUUUGAGGGCAACUCCCUGGACUUUGCGGUUCGGCUGGAAGCUCUGAAAGGGGGCGGGGCCAGAAGUUGGGGCUUCUUUAAGUGAAGGCUUGGCAGCCAGGUGAAGCUUUGGGGAAACUUGGGUAUCCACCGUGAUACAUGGGGAGAGAGGAGGAGGACAACGAUCUAGAGUGUCAUUUUUCAUGGGGAAAAAAAGAAUUUAUCAGAGAGGGCUUUAUAGUCAAAACGAAGCCGGUUAUUCCUAGAGGUGAACACGAGUGACCGGAGGUGUUGACUUGGUCUAGGAGGAAGUUGACACAGUUAAAGAAACAGCGUUUCUUUCGGUAGUGGAAAACAGUGAGUGCAGAGGUUAAAUCCAAAGGAAGAUUCUUACGUGUUUCCCAGAGGAGAUGAUUUCUUGAAAGGGAUAAUAGAAAGAGAGCUGGGUUUAGCCAGGAAGUGACCACUGACAGUUACCAGAGGCUGGCUAGUCACAACUCUCAGGUUCCUCCUUCGUACAAUAGAGAUGCCAGGGUUGGCACUCAUAACCUCCCAAGAUUGUCAUGGAGAAAGGCGCUAUGGAAAUUAAGCAUUCAAGCAAGAACUACUUUUCAUAAACCAUACAAGAAGACUGGAUUUCCCCAAUUCGGUGAUCAGUCGAAUUGCACCCUUUGCCAAUAAUGAAGUAAAACUGUGUCUUUCUCAUUUUUGUCAUUUACUGGAUUGGGAGUUUAUUUUUCCCCAGAACUGCUGUGGCCAAAAAAACCCUAUUCAUACUAUGGUCAACCUAGGGAUGAACCUUUCUGAAUCUAGCUAAGGAUGUAUACUGGGUUCUCCAGCAAGACAACAUCUGGAUUUGGUUGCUUCUGGCUCUUGGACUAAACAGCUGGUUUAUUAUCCUUCAACACAUUUCUGGACUAAUUGGUUGAAAACUGUGGAUGGCUACUGGAGAUCUUCCACAUGCUUUCAAGAUAAUUUCAGAGAACUGGACUUUAUAUAUGAACUGAGAAUUUAGCAAUCGUGAGGGGGAGUCUUCAAAUCACCUCAAAAAAUGGUGGCCUUGUCAUUAAAGAUUUGUGUCCGCCACUGCAAUGUAGUGAAAACAAUGCAGUUUGAACCAUCAACGGCGGUGUAUGAUGCCUGCCGAGUCAUUAGGGAGCGGGUACCUGAGGCACAAACUGGACAAGCUUCUGACUAUGGCUUAUUCCUAUCCGAUGAGGAUCCCAGGAAAGGCAUUUGGUUGGAAGCAGGCAGAACGCUGGACUACUACAUGCUGCGGAAUGGGGAUAUUUUGGAAUAUAAAAAGAAACAAAGACCUCAGAAAAUACGGAUGCUGGAUGGAUCAGUGAAGACAGUGAUGGUGGAUGAUUCUAAAACUGUUGGGGAAUUACUGGUCACGAUUUGUAGCAGGAUAGGGAUAACCAAUUAUGAAGAAUAUUCAUUAAUUCAAGAAAUAAUUGAAGAGAAGAAAGAGGAAGGAACAGGAACACUGAAAAAAGACCGAACGCUACUGCGAGAUGAAAGAAAGAUGGAGAAACUAAAAGCCAAACUUCACACUGAUGAUGAUUUAAAUUGGCUAGACCAUAGUCGAACGUUCAGAGAACAGGGAGUGGAUGAAAAUGAAACUUUGCUGCUCAGACGGAAAUUCUUUUAUUCAGACCAGAAUGUAGAUUCAAGAGAUCCCGUGCAGCUGAAUUUGCUUUAUGUUCAGGCUCGAGAUGAUAUCUUGAAUGGCUCCCAUCCAGUCUCCUUUGAGAAAGCGUGUGAGUUUGGUGGAUUUCAAGCCCAGAUACAGUUUGGACCUCAUGUAGAACAUAAACAUAAACCUGGGUUUUUAGAUCUAAAGGAAUUUCUGCCCAAGGAAUACAUCAAACAAAGAGGAGCCGAGAAGAGAAUAUUUCAGGAGCACAAGAACUGUGGUGAGAUGUCAGAAAUAGAAGCCAAGGUGAAGUACGUGAAACUGGCACGUUCUCUCCGGACAUACGGGGUCUCCUUUUUCCUCGUGAAGGAAAAAAUGAAGGGUAAGAAUAAACUAGUCCCCCGAUUGCUGGGUAUCACUAAGGAUUCCGUGAUGAGAGUGGAUGAAAAGACCAAGGAAGUGUUGCAAGAGUGGCCCCUUACUACUGUCAAGCGCUGGGCAGCAUCACCCAAGAGCUUUACUCUGGAUUUUGGAGAAUAUCAGGAAAGUUAUUACUCUGUACAAACAACUGAAGGAGAACAGAUAUCUCAACUUAUUGCAGGCUAUAUUGACAUCAUCCUCAAAAAGAAACAAAGUAAAGAUAGAUUUGGAUUAGAGGGUGAUGAGGAAUCAACGAUGUUAGAAGAAUCUGUUUCCCCUAAAAAGUCCACCAUCCUUCAGCAGCAAUUCAACCGAACAGGGAAGGUAGAGCAUGGCUCUGUGGCAUUGCCAGCUGUCAUGCGUUCUGGUUCCAGUGGACCAGAAACGUUCAACAUUGGCAGCAUGCCGUCCCCGCAGCAGCAGGUCAUGGUUGGCCAGAUGCAUCGAGGACACAUGCCUCCACUGACGUCAGCCCAGCAGGCUCUGAUGGGAACAAUUAAUACAAGCAUGCAUGCGGUUCAGCAAGCUCAGGCGGACCUCAGUGAAGUUGAUAACCUACCACCUCUUGGGCAAGAUAUGGCCUCUAGGGUAUGGGUUCAGAACAAAGUCGAUGAAUCAAAACAUGAAAUCCACUCUCAGGUUGAUGCUAUCACGGCUGGAACAGCUUCAGUUGUUAACCUCACAGCUGGUGACCCUGCAGACACAGAUUAUACCGCUGUGGGCUGUGCCAUCACCACCAUCUCUUCCAACUUGACGGAAAUGUCCAAGGGUGUGAAGCUCCUCGCAGCCCUCAUGGAUGACGAUGUGGGCAGUGGAGAAGACCUCCUGAGAGCAGCUCGGACAUUAGCUGGGGCAGUAUCAGAUUUGUUGAAGGCUGUGCAGCCAACUUCUGGAGAGCCUCGACAGACUGUGUUGACUGCUGCUGGAAGUAUUGGUCAAGCCAGCGGGGAUCUUCUGAGACAGAUUGGAGAGAAUGAGACAGAUGAGCGAUUCCAAGAUGUACUAAUGAGUUUAGCCAAAGCAGUUGCUAAUGCUGCUGCCAUGUUGGUGCUGAAAGCAAAGAAUGUUGCCCAGGUGGCAGAGGACACCGUUCUGCAGAACAGAGUCAUCGCUGCUGCAACCCAGUGUGCCCUCUCCACCUCACAGCUGGUGGCAUGUGCUAAGGUAGUGAGUCCCACACUCAGCUCCCCUGUUUGCCAAGAACAGCUGAUUGAGGCUGGAAAACUUGUCGACCGUUCAGUGGAAAACUGUGUCCGAGCCUGCCAGGACGCCACAGAUGAUAGUGAGCUCCUGAAGCAGGUCAGUGCGGCUGCCAGUGUGGUCAGCCAGGCCCUACACGACCUCCUGCAGCACGUCCGGCAGUUUGCCAGCCGAGGGGAGCCUAUUGGCCGCUAUGACCAGGCAACUGACACCAUCAUGUGUGUUACUGAGAGCAUCUUCAGCUCGAUGGGAGAUGCUGGUGAAAUGGUCCGGCAGGCCAGAGUCCUCGCACAAGCUACCUCAGACCUUGUCAAUGCCAUGAGGUCAGACGCAGAGGCUGAAAUCGAUAUGGAGAAUUCCAAAAAGCUUCUGGCGGCUGCAAAACUCCUGGCUGACUCUACCGCCCGCAUGGUCGAAGCUGCAAAGGGUGCUGCUGCUAAUCCAGAAAAUGAAGAUCAACAGCAGAGAUUGAGGGAAGCUGCAGAAGGACUCCGAGUUGCAACCAAUGCAGCAGCUCAGAAUGCUAUAAAGAAAAAAAUUGUCAACCGGUUAGAGGUUGCAGCGAAACAGGCUGCAGCUGCUGCUACUCAGACAAUUGCAGCAUCCCAGAAUGCGGCUGUUUCCAACAAGAACCCGGCGGCACACCAGCAACUUGUCCAGAGCUGCAAGGCAGUGGCUGAUCAUAUUCCUCAGCUGGUCCAGGGGGUACGGGGAAGUCAAGCUCAAGCAGAAGAUCUCAGUGCUCAGCUAGCUCUCAUUAUCUCCAGCCAGAACUUCCUACAGCCCGGAAGCAAAAUGGUGGCUUCUGCCAAAGCCGCGGUGCCUACUGUCAGUGACCAGGCUGCGGCGAUGCAGCUUAGCCAAUGUGCCAAGAACCUUGCUACCAGCCUAGCGGAGCUGAGAACUGCCUCCCAAAAAGCCCAUGAAGCUUGUGGCCCAAUGGAAAUUGACUCUGCUUUGAACACUGUACAGACUCUCAAAAAUGAACUACAGGACGCCAAAAUGGCAGCUGUGGAGAGCCAGCUAAAACCACUCCCUGGAGAAACUCUCGAAAAAUGUGCUCAGGACCUGGGAAGUACCUCCAAAGCUGUUGGAUCUUCAAUGGCCCAGCUGCUGACUUGCGCUGCACAAGGCAAUGAACACUACACAGGGGUAGCUGCAAGAGAGACAGCACAGGCUCUGAAAACGCUGGCCCAGGCCGCUCGAGGAGUAGCAGCAUCCACCAAUGAUCCUGUGGCAGCCCAUGCUAUGUUGGAUUCAGCCCGAGAUGUGAUGGAGGGCUCAGCCAUGCUCAUUCAAGAGGCUAAGCAGGCCCUGAUCGCCCCUGGAGAUGCAGAAAGUCAACAGAGACUAGCUCAGGUGGCCAAAGCUGUCUCCCACUCACUGAACAACUGUGUGAAUUGCCUCCCAGGGCAAAAGGAUGUGGAUGUAGCCUUGAAGAGCAUUGGAGAGUCCAGCAAGAAACUGCUUGUUGAUUCGCUACCACCAAGUACCAAGCCCUUCCAGGAAGCGCAGAGCGAACUGAACCAAGCUGCAGCCGACCUGAACCAGUCCGCAGGGGAAGUGGUCCACGCCACUCGAGGACAGAGCGGAGAACUGGCGGCUGCCUCUGGGAAAUUCAGUGAUGACUUUGAUGAGUUCCUCGAUGCUGGCAUUGAAAUGGCUGGUCAAGCUCAGACUAAAGAGGACCAGAUCCAAGUGAUAGGGAACCUCAAGAAUAUCUCCAUGGCAUCCAGUAAGCUGUUGUUAGCUGCUAAAUCUCUCUCCGUCGAUCCAGGGGCCCCUAAUGCAAAAAAUCUCUUAGCAGCAGCCGCAAGAGCUGUGACAGAAAGCAUUAACCAGCUCAUCACACUGUGUACCCAGCAAGCACCAGGCCAGAAGGAAUGUGACAAUGCCCUCAGGGAACUUGAGACUGUUAAGGGAAUGUUGGAUAACCCCAAUGAACCUGUUAGUGAUCUCUCCUAUUUUGACUGCAUUGAGAGUGUAAUGGAAAAUUCCAAGGUGCUGGGUGAGUCAAUGGCAGGAAUAUCUCAAAACGCCAAGACAGGUGACCUUCCUCUAUUUGGAGAAUGUGUGGGAAUUGCAUCCAAGGCUCUCUGUGGCCUCACAGAAGCUGCAGCUCAGGCUGCUUACCUGGUUGGCAUCUCGGAUCCCAACAGCCAGGCUGGCCACCAGGGCCUUGUAGAUCACAUCCAAUUUGCCAGAGCUAAUCAGGCGAUCCAAAUGGCUUGUCAGAAUCUGGUGGACCCAGGCAGCAGCCCAUCACAGGUUUUGUCAGCAGCUACCAUUGUUGCUAAGCACACCUCUGCCUUGUGUAAUGCCUGUCGCAUCGCUUCAUCUAAGACAGCCAACCCUGUGGCCAAAAGGCAUUUUGUUCAGUCAGCAAAGGAGGUUGCCAACAGCACUGCCAACCUGGUGAAAACCAUCAAGGCUCUGGAUGGAGAUUUCUCUGAAGACAAUCGCACAAAGUGUCGAAUUGCAACUGUGCCCUUGAUUGAAGCAGUUGAAAAUCUGACAGCCUUUGCUUCCAAUCCUGAGUUCGUCAGCAUUCCAGCCCAGAUCAGCUCUGAGGGAUCUCGAGCACAGGAACCUAUCCUAGUCUCAGCAAAGACCAUGUUGGAGAGUUCAUCUUUCCUGAUCAGGACUGCUCGUUCUUUGGCCAUCAAUCCUAAAGACCCACCCACCUGGUCUGUCCUUGCUGGACAUUCUCAUACCGUAUCAGACUCAAUUAAGAGCCUCAUCACUUCCAUUAGGGAUAAAGCUCCAGGCCAGAGAGAAUGUGACUAUUCCAUCGAUGGCAUCAAUAGGUGCAUCCGAGAUAUUGAGCAAGCCUCCCUGGCUGCGGUCAGUCAAAAUCUGGCCACAAGGGAUGACAUUUCUGUCGAGGCUUUGCAGGAACAGUUGACAUCAGUGGUCCAGGAAAUCGGUCACCUUAUCGAUCCCAUUGCUACAGCAGCUCGAGGAGAAGCAGCCCAGCUGGGACACAAGGUCACACAGCUGGCAAGCUACUUCGAACCCUUGAUCUUAGCUGCAGUUGGUGUCGCAUCUAAGAUUCUGGACCAUCAACAGCAAAUGACGGUCCUGGACCAGACCAAGACAUUGGCAGAAUCUGCUCUACAAAUGUUAUAUGCUGCCAAGGAAGGUGGAGGCAACCCCAAGGCACAGCACACCCAUGAUGCCAUCACAGAGGCUGCCCAGCUGAUGAAAGAAGCAGUGGAUGAUAUUAUGGUCACCCUGAAUGAAGCUGCCAGUGAAGUAGGAAUGGUGGGAGGAAUGGUGGAUGCCAUUGCAGAAGCCAUGAGUAAGCUGGAUGAAGGCACUCCUCCAGAACCAAAGGGAACUUUUGUUGAUUACCAGACAACAGUGGUGAAAUAUUCCAAAGCCAUUGCUAUAACUGCACAAGAAAUGAUGACUAAGUCGGUUACUAACCCGGAGGAAUUGGGAGGACUUGCUUCACAAAUGACCAGUGACUAUGGGCAUUUGGCUCUCCAGGGCCAGAUGGCAGCAGCUACAGCUGAACCAGAAGAGAUUGGAUUCCAAAUCCGGACCCGUGUUCAGGAUCUUGGCCAUGGCUGUAUCUUCCUGGUGCAGAAGGCAGGAGCCCUUCAGGUCUGCCCCACUGACAGUUACACCAAGAGGGAGCUGAUAGAGUGUGCCCGCUCAGUCACUGAAAAGGUUUCUUUGGUUCUGUCUGCCCUCCAAGCAGGGAAUAAAGGGACUCAGGCAUGCAUCACCGCAGCCAGUGCUGUGUCGGGCAUCAUUGCUGAUCUGGAUACAACCAUCAUGUUUGCAACAGCUGGGACGCUCAAUGCCGAGAAUAAUGAAACCUUUGCAGACCACAGGGAGAAUAUUUUGAAGACAGCAAAGGCCUUGGUGGAAGAUACGAAAUUACUAGUAUCAGGGGCUGCUUCAACUCAAGAUAAACUGGCCCAGGCGGCCCAGUCAUCGGCAGCCACCAUCACCCAACUUGCCGAGGUGGUCAAGCUGGGAGCGGCCAGCCUGGGUUCUGAUGACCCUGAGACCCAGGUGGUGCUGAUCAAUGCCAUCAAAGAUGUGGCCAAGGCCCUUUCUGAUCUUAUUGGUGCUACUAAAGGAGCUGCCAGCAAGCCCGCUGAUGAUCCAUCCAUGUAUCAACUCAAAGGUGCAGCCAAGGUGAUGGUAACAAAUGUCACAUCCCUCCUCAAGACAGUGAAAGCUGUGGAGGAUGAAGCUACCAGAGGCACGAGGGCUCUUGAAGCCACCAUUGAGUACAUAAAACAAGAGCUCACGGUAUUUCAGUCAAAGGAAAUACCAGAAAAGACAUCAUCACCUGAAGAAUCGAUAAGGAUGACGAAAGGCAUCACUAUGGCAACUGCCAAAGCUGUGGCAGCUGGAAACUCGUGUAGACAGGAAGAUGUGAUUGCUACUGCAAAUCUGAGCCGAAAAGCAGUGUCUGACAUGUUAACAGCUUGUAAGCAAGCUUCAUAUCAUGCCGAUGUUGCUGAAGAUGUGAGAGCCCGAGCCUUGAGAUAUGGAACCGAAUGCACCUUGGGAUACCUGGACCUCCUGGAACAUGUCCUUGUGAUUCUUCAGAAACCAACACCAGACUUAAAGCAUCAGUUGGCUGCGUUCUCCAAGCGAGUGGCGGGUGCUGUGACGGAGCUUAUCCAGGCUGCAGAAGCCAUGAAAGGUACAGAGUGGGUAGAUCCAGAAGACCCAACAGUCAUUGCUGAAACUGAAUUGCUGGGAGCUGCAGCAUCCAUUGAGGCUGCAGCUAAGAAGUUAGAGCAGCUGAAGCCAAGAGCUAAACCAAAACAAGCAGAUGAGACUCUGGAUUUUGAAGAACAGAUCUUAGAAGCGGCCAAAUCCAUUGCAGCCGCCACGAGUGCCCUCGUCAAGUCAGCAUCGGCAGCCCAGAGAGAGCUGGUGGCCCAAGGGAAGGUUGGAGCCAUCCCUGCAAAUGCUGCUGAUGACGGACAAUGGUCUCAAGGACUGAUUUCUGCUGCCAGGAUGGUGGCAGCAGCAACCAGUAGCCUGUGCGAAGCCGCCAAUGCCUCCGUGCAGGGCCACGCCAGCGAGGAAAAGUUGAUCUCAUCCGCCAAGCAAGUGGCAGCUUCCACGGCGCAGCUGCUUGUGGCUUGUAAGGUGAAAGCUGACCAGGACUCGGAGGCCAUGCGCAGGCUACAGGCUGCAGGAAAUGCUGUGAAAAGAGCAUCUGACAAUCUUGUUCGUGCAGCCCAGAAAGCAGCCUUUGGAAAAGCUGACGAUGAUGAUGUGGUGGUGAAGACAAAGUUUGUGGGUGGCAUUGCUCAGAUCAUUGCCGCCCAGGAGGAAAUGCUGAAGAAGGAGCGAGAACUAGAAGAAGCAAGGAAAAAACUAGCUCAGAUCCGCCAGCAGCAGUACAAAUUCCUCCCCACAGAGUUGAGAGAAGAUGAAGGCUAAGCCCCCGAGCUGAGGUUGUGAGCCCAAGAGAACACUCUAGAAAGAACCGACCUGACAUCAUUCUGAUGGGCCACGUGCUUCCCUGGAAACUGCCUGACGUGCUUAGAAUGAGCACCAGACAAAUGUUUGUGUAUGUUCUUGUUCAUCUGUACAGCAACAGCUGCAUGAUCGUGUCAUCCCCGCGGUACAGUGUCCCCAUCCAUCAUUCUUCUUCUCUUCCCCUCCCUCCUUCACUGUAUCUCAGGAGAAGAUGCACAUUUUAUGAACUGUUACCCCCACCAAAAAAAAAAUCAGUAUUAUGUCACUCUGACGCCUGGAUUUUGUCAGUCCUUCCUCCUGGCCUGUUUUGGGGGCCUUUGGGGGGAUCUUAAUAGGAAGAAAGAAAAACUGUUUGAGAAAAGCCAUUCAUGUCACAGGUAUCUACCACUAUGGAGCCAAUGAUUCUUCUGCUUCUCAAGAAAAGAUGGCAGAUGUGGUUUGGAUGCAAUUAAGCCGCAAUAAUGCAAACCAAUGUGGAGUCUCCGAGGGUGAUGUGUGUCCCCCCAUUUUUGUGUUCUGGGAAUGGACUCACCCCGGAUUUUAGAAGAAUCAUUGCUCCCAAUUGCACUAGUCUGUGGGUCUGUUCUUGCCCCUUAUCUAUCAUCUACUUGUAUGAUACCUACCGAUUGUAUUUUCUGUGGCCCAGGAAGUGAAACAUUGUUUUUUAUUUUUGUUGUUUUUCCCCUCCAGAACUUCAGUGGGCUAGGGAAAAGGAGGCCUGUCAGACCUUGGGAAACGAGAGAUUAUAAUAAAACAUGCAUGCUUAGUUUCUCCUCUGAAGCUGCUUAGGUUUGCACAAAUACAUCCAGCCAUUCUCUGGUUAAGGUCCAGUAGAAAGGAGCCAUCUUUUGAAGGUUACCUCUGGGCAUUCAUCCAGAAUGGAUAAAGUGCUUAGUGCCUCCUCCUUCUCCUUUUUCUUCCCUCCCCCUACGAGCCUUUCCCUGUAUCAGAACUAUUGCAAUCUCAGAAUUCAGUCUCCAGAUUUGGAAAUUCAAUCAUUUAGGCAAGUUGAAGAUAAGAAAAUCACUCAAAAGCUCCGUCUCCUUGAUUGAGCAUCAGUAUAAUUAUAUUAGAACUUUCUGGACAUUUGUUUUUUUUUUUAGGUUCCUCUUGUCCUCCCCCCCUCACCUACGACAUUUUGAAUUUUCUUUCUCUUUUCUUUUUUAACACAGUGCUUCAUAGAGUAUUUUACCUUUCCCCUAAAUUCCCAAGGGCAUUCUGAUGCUCCUGUUAAAGAAGGUACAUGUAAGAUGACCCAGUCAUCCCAAGUAGAGUCCUUUGUAAAGUUCACGGAGAUAAAAUGGUUUGCAGAAGCUGCUAGUUGGACAAAAGCUCUCCCCCUCUGCCCCUUUCCUGGAGAGUCUGAGCUCGAUUUCUCCCUCCUUCUGUGAUACCCUGGACUCUGCUCUGUAUGAUCUGGAUUGGAAAGUCCACAAAGAAUGGGAAAACAUGGUCUUUCCAGCCUUCACAAGGCUUCACUUUUAGAUUCCAAUACAUUUCCAGAUGAAUCAGCUAGAGGGCAGAUCCCAGUCCUAGCCCAUCCAUCUUGCCAUCUUUGCUCUUGAACCCUUGUUAAUUGGACUUCAGAGCGAUUUCAUAGUAUUCAAAUACCAUUUAGCUAUUGAAGACUUCCCCUAUUUAAGAGACUUGCAUGCACUAUACAUAUCAGGGAAGUUUUUUAGAGACUAGUAGAAACUUAAAUGAUAGUGUCUAGAUUUGUUUUUGUUUUUAAACUUGAGAAUGUGUACAGGGAAUUGGGUUAAGAAGGCAAUGGACUUACCAAUUCCCAAGAAUAAAGGAAUAGAUAGACUGUGGCAUCUCAGGAAAAGCUAGAGAGUUUGUGGAGUAUGGUAGCUGGUCUGUAUGGAUGCUGCCUGGAGCUUGCCCCAUCCUUGAGCCUCUUCCAGGCUCUGCUCAUGGGAUGCACCCUUUGCUAAGCUCCUGCCUCCCACAGGUGGUGAUAAUGGUGAAGACUCUUCCUCUGUGUCACAUAGCUCAAUGAGAGGAGUCUGAAAGAUCUAUUGUAUAUACAUUAGGAAACUGGCAGAAGAAGAUAAAUAGAAAGCCAAAUCCUUUGCAGCUGUGAGGAACAGGAAAGAAAGACAAAGUUUAUUUUUGUAGAGCCUAAAUGUCCCCUUUGUCAGGGUUUUCUGCUGCUGUUACCCUUCUGGAUACUGUUGUCAAGAAAUAUUAUCCCUUGCAGAGUAGCCUUAGCUGGUCAUUUCCUUCCUCACUUAGCAUGUGCGCUCUCUCUCUCUCUCUCUCUCUCUCUCUCUCUCUCUCUCUCUCUCUCUCUCUCUCUCUCUCUCUCUCUCUCUCUCUCUCUCUCUCUCUCUCUCUCUCUCUCUCUCUCUCUCUCUCUCACCCUCACACACACAUAUCCUAUAUGAAUAACCUCAUUUGGGCAUUGUUUUAUCCAUAAAAUGGUAGGUGGCUUGGUGGUACAUUGGGGAAUUUUUUAAUAAUUGUUCCUGCUAGAUUUUCCCUCUUAGAUUUUUAAGUUGUCACCUACCUCUGGCUAAAAUUCAAAUUUUCCCGAAAGAUGAUAUCCCCAAACAUGAGUCUUUGUUUCAGGAAACCACUUUCAUUUCAGAGGAUCCUCUGAAAUGAUCCUUUUUGUUUCCUGGACCCCUUUUGUCAGUUUGAAGCCCAUAGAACCCUUCUCAGAUUAAUGUUUAUUUAAAUGCAUAAAAUAAAAUAGAUUGGCUUACACUAGAAACCUAUUAUAUUGAAAUAAAAUUAUUUUAAAACAUUUUAAGUUCACAACCCAAGUAAAAAACUCUGAUCUAGUCCAACCUCCUGCCCCUUAUUUUACACAGGAGAAAACUAAGGCCUAAAAAGAGGGAAGGAUGAAAUGAUAAGAGUCACAUAGCUAAUAAGUGACAGAAUGGAAUUCACAUCCAGGUCUCCUGAUUGCAAAUCCAAUUUUGACUAUUCUGCCAUUAAUGGGGUGAUAAAUGAGUAUCCAAUCUCUGGUUUACAUAAGAGUAACUAAUGAAGAUACAUGUGAGGUUAAAUUGCCUAUUAAAUGUGGGGUAUACUGGUCAUUGCUUUUUUUCUGUACUAGGAUCUAGAGUUUUACUUUGAUCUCCAGGGUCCAAGACCUGCUAAUUGAAGAGUUGUUGAGUAUUUGAGGAGUCCAUUUGACAAUGAACACAGAAUAACUAGCAAUUUAAUUUUUCUUCUUUGUAAGAUUAUCUCGAAUGCACCCAAAAUGAGCUAUACGCAGAGAUUAAACUGGACUGGAGAACACCAGCAUAUCUGAUUUUUAUAAAAGCCAUUUGGGGAGAGAAAGGACUAAAAGAUCCAAGAGUUACAUAUGCUUAAUAUCUUAUCUUCAGUAUACCUUAAUUAUUGACUCAUCCCCUAAUCAACAGUGACACUGAGUGCUAGUAUAGAAUACAAGGGGAAAUGGAAAUCAUGAGGCUUAUGGAAAUGAACUCACGGUUUCUAUAUUUGCAAGUAUCGGUUUUCUGGGGGUAUUUUUCUAAGAAUACUCAGCCAGUGAGUUUAUGGGCAAAACAAAUUUACAUUCAAUCUCCUUUACCAUCACCAAAAGAAAAAACCCAAAUCUAUGAAAACUUUUUAAAUUGGGGUUCUAAUGUAAGGAUAUGAUCUAUCAAGUUUACAAUUCUACUUUCUUUGUUUCCCUCCACUUGUGUGUAUGUGUGUGUGUCUCAGAGGCAUAUGCAAAGUGGCCAACUGGUUAUUUCCAGUGCCAUUGACGAAGGUGCCUCACGAGGACGUCAUUGGACUCCAGCUCCAAGGCAUAGCCUUUAGAAAUGCCUCACAUCCACUCACUCAAAAUGUCCCAGAGCAAACCUCCAUCCUCCUAAUCAGAGGGGUGGUUUUUCCUUGGGUGGCUCUAGGAAUCUUGUGCCUUCCUCUUAAUAAAAAGCUCCCUGUCCCCCGUUGUUACCCUGGGCCCUUUUUAAACUCAGCAGGAAAGGGAAAGAUGCAAGAUUAUUCUCCCAAAGGAGAUGUAUGUAGUUUGUAUAUAGAACGGAAAGAUGAGAUUAGAAAUAUUCCGUCCUUAGUCACAACUUCUUGACCUUGCUCUAAACCAAAUUCCUAAAUUAAAAUAGAGAUGUCAUUUAGGUUAUGCUUUCAUAAUGAAGCCUCUUCUGGGACCCAAAUGAGAAGACAACACUGCAAACACAAAUAAAAUACUCCUUUCAGUAUAAAACAUGAACAGCUUGAAUUUAUAUUUGUUCAGAGUCAAAAAUGGAGCAACCACUGAACCUAGCUAUCCCUUUCUAAAGGCUAGUGCUCUCAGUGGUGCACUAUCUAUGUGUGUAAAGACAGAACAAAGUAGUAAGAACUUCACUGAAUUUAGCUUUCUGAAUUAUGGUUUACAUCCUGGGUAGUCUUAUUACUUGGUUUUAGUUUUGUUUUUCAAUUAACAAGCAUUUUUUUCUCCUGCCCCCCCCCCCCCUUGAAUGCAGGGGAAAGAGAGGGAAGGGCAUACAACAAAGAAAAAUAAAUACAAAACAUUUAUAAUAUAUGAUGGGCAAACAAAACCAAUUCCCCUCAUUGGCCAGGUCCAAAAAUAUGUGUUCCAUUCUGUCCAUCACCUUUCCCUCAAGAAGUAGACAACAUGCUUCAUUAUCAGUCUCUCUGAAAUCAUAUUUUUCUACUACCUUUCUCAUUCUGCAACUGGAAAGGAUAGCGUAAGGAAACACCCACCACUAGUUUGAGGAUUUUGCAAGGUGAAAAUGAACACCGGGUAUAUUUUCAAUUCACAAACAAAAACCUUUGGGACUUUCUCAGUGAUACCGUAGUCCCUCCACUUUAGAGACAUACUGCAAUUCAAUGUCUUCUCCCUGGGUUGGUCCAAAGCUCCAUGGAAUUUGGGUUCUGGAUUAAUGAAUGAAGAGGUUCUUAAUGUCCCAUAAGACUCCUACCCGUCACUGCCUCCAUCUUUCUUUCUCUAGAAAUGGUUAUAUGUUAUAAAUCACUAGGAAUGGACUUUUUAAUGUUUACUCGUUAAAAAAACUAUGAAGGGAUUUUUUUUUCUAAAUGAAAUUUGAUCUUUUUCUUGCUGUGUCUGCUUCCUUACAAAGCAUCCAUGUUUUAAAUGCUCAAUCUUGAACUCAGAAUUGUUACAGGGUGUAUGAGACAGGCUUUUGCUUGGCAGCUUGCCCUCAUCAAGUUGCAAAUCCAGAAGGAAUCAGGAAUGGCCCAUCCCUGAUGUCAUAGUGUCUGUAUGCUAUUUAUCUGGCCACAGAAAUUAUUUUUUUGUAUUCACCAGAAAUAAACUUUUAAAGAAAUGAA